AUGAGGAACCUGACAUGGCUAUUAGCUUUUGCAUCCAUUGUAUCCACUCGCAGCACUUAUAUUUCACCCCCAACGGCUAUUACGCGCAACGGAACGAUCCACGGUCUACAACUCCCCUUCUUCCAGCAGGAUAUCUUCCUUGGAAUCCCUUAUGCUCAAGCCCCGCGACUAGACAACCCUAAACCAAUCAAUACUACCUACGAUCACGACAGUCCCUUUGACGCUUCUCGCUAUGGAAAUACAUGCUACGGUUUCGGCUCCAACGAACUUCUGGGACUGACCCAAAGCGAGGAUUGUUUGAAUCUAAACAUCGUCCGACCCUCUAGAGCGACAGGGGAGAAGAAUACUAGCCCACUCCCUGUCCUAUUCUGGAUAUACGGUGGAGGCCUGCAUCAGGGUUCUUCCGCAGAUCCAAUGUGGAAUCUAUCAUAUAUUGUGCAACGAUCUGUUAAGGAACAACAGCCACUCAUUGCUGUCAGUGUCAAUUACCGUCUUUCUUUUCUCGGAUUUCCAGGAGGGCAUGAAGCUCUAAAUGCUGGGGUAACAAACCUGGGGCUUAAGGACCAGCGACUGGCCUUGGCUUGGAUCCAAGAAAAUAUAGUCGCAUUUGGUGGUGAUCCGUCCCGAGUGACAAUCUGGGGCGAGUCUGCGGGCGGAGUCAGCGUUGUACAGCAGCUAGUCGCCUACGGAGGCCAUGGUGGUUCUGAGUUAUUUAGUGGUGCCAUUGCAGUUAGUGGCUUUGCUACGGGUGCUGCUUUGCCCGAAGUAGAGAAGAUGCAGGCUGGGUUUGAUAAAUUAGUGGCAGGGGCCAAUUGUACGAUGGCCGAGGAUAAGCUUGACUGUCUUCGCAGGACCUCAUUGUAUAACCUGUAUCCUGUUGAAGGAAGCAUUGAAGGGGGCUGGGGUCCAGUGAUAGAUGGUGAUUUUCUACGGAGACCUGCUGCUUGGGAGAUUCAGGAUGGGAAUUGUGCUUAUGUGCCUCUCCUUUUGGGCAGUAAUUCGGAUGAAGGUUUGAUCAAAGUGACGGCGCCGGGCUACUUUCCCAACUGGACGAGUGAGGUUACAACUUUACUAGAGACUAACUUCCCUCGCCUGCAACGUUCAGUCAUUGAGCAAUUAUUAGAUCUCUAUCCAGAAGACGGACAGGGAGAAGCGCCGCCGUACUCCCUUCCGCCAGACUUCGCCUGGUGCGAGGCCAUGUACGCCGCCAAUCUUCCCUGUGGCUCUCAAUACCGCCGUGCUGCAGCCCUGCUUGGUGAUUACGUUUCGCACGCACCCCGGCGCUAUAUGGCUCAGCUGUGGUCGAGACUGGGCUUGCCAACGUACAGCUUCCACUUUAAAGUGGCCACGACGGGGACCCCGAUUCAAUAUUUCUACGGUUUGGGGCCUGGCUUUGCGAACCACGGAGCCGAGUUAGCGUAUGAGAUGGGAUUGCCGGGAGGGUUCACUACGCCGAUCCAGUUCUACCCACCUGUAAAAGAUGUUCACGGUCACGUAGCCGUGUCGAUGGAAAUGAAUCGAAGGUGGAUUGCGUUUGUAGCCAGUAAGGAUCCGAACGAGUCAAGAGGUAUGUAUGGAUAUACAAUCUAG